AUGAAUACACUCUCCAAGGAAUUACAUAGUGGAAUUGUGUAUGCAGAUGAUGCAGCGAUUGUAUGGAAGGAUCUCAAAGAGCGAUUCAAAAAAAUCGAUGGAUCGAGGAUCUAUCAACUUCACAGAGAGAUUUGCACAAUUAAUCAAGGUAAUUCUAUUGUUGCUAACUAUUUUACAAAACUGAUAUUACUAUGGGAUGUGUUUGAUGCAUUUGUCCCUCCACCAUCAUGUAACUGUGAUAAGCCGAGGACAUAUGUAGAUCACACAACAUACUUAAGGUUAUUUACAUUUCUGAUGGGAUUGAAUGAAGUAUAUAGUCAAGCGAGAAGUCAGAUUUCAAUGAUGAAUCCAAUGCCAAGUGUGAGUAAAGCUUAUGCUAUGAUAAUGGCAGCUGAAAGUCAGCAUAAAACUGCAAGGACUCAUUCUAGUAGAGAAUCAUUAGAUUCAGUAGACUUAUACGAAGGAGAAGGACCCUAUCAUAGAGACACAAGUAAUUUUCAACAAAAGAAGAAGAAUUGGGAUCAAUUUUGUGAUUAUUGCAAGUUACAGGGACAUGUUAAACUGAACUGUUACAAAUUGAAUGGAUAUCCACCCGAUUGGAAGUUUAAGAAGAAGAAUGGAUUAGGAGUUGAUCAGGGAGGAACUAGUCAGAUGCAGGGAUCAUAG